UCUCAGAGUAGUCACCUUAAAAGACACCAGCGCAUUCACACUGGAGAGAAACCGUACAGCUGUGAUCAAUGUGGUGAAACCUUUUCUCUUAGUGGUAACCUUAAAACUCACCAGCGCAUUCACACUGGAGAGAAACCAUACAGCUGUGAACAAUGUGGGGAAACCUUUUCUCUUAGUGGUAACCUUAAAACUCACCAGCGCAUUCACACUGGAGAAAAACCGUACAGCUGUGAACAAUGUGGAAAAACUUUUUCUCAGAGUGUGAAUCUUAAAUUUCACCAGCGCAUUCACACUGGAGAGAAGCCGUACAGCUGUGAACAAUGUGGAAAAACGUUUUCUCUUAGUAGUAGCCUUAAAUCUCACCAACGCGUUCACACUCGAGAGAAGCCGUACAGCUGUGAACAAUGUGGAAAAACCUUUUCUAGGAGUGGUACUCUAGAUAUCCACCGACGUGUUCACACUGGAGAGAAGCCGUACUGGUGUGAACAAUGUGGAAAAACCUUUUCUGAGAAUGGUAGACUUAAAAAUCACCAGCGCAUUCACACUGGAGAGAAGCCGUACAGCUGUGAUCAAUGUGGGGAAACCUUUUCUCGGGGUAGUAACCUUAAACGACACCAGCGCAUUCACACUGGAGAGAAACCGUACAGCUGUGAUCAAUGUGGUGAAACCUUUUCUCAGAGUAGUAGUCUUAAAACUCACCAGCACAUUCACACUGGAGAGAAGCCGCAUAGCUGUGAACAUUGUGGUAAAACCUUUUCUAGGAGUGAUAACCUAGGUAUCCACCGACGUGUUCACACUGGAGAGAAGCCGUACUGGUGUGAUCAAUGUGGGAAAACCUUUUCUGAGAGUGGUACCCUUAAAUCUCACCAGCGCAUUCACACUGGAGAGAAGCCGCACAGCUGUGAACAAUGUGGGAAAACGUUUACUCAGAGUAGUCACCUUAAAUCUCACCAGCAGAUUCACACUGGAGAGAAACCGUACUGGUGUGAACAAUGUGGGGAAACCUUUCCUUGGAGUAGUAACCUUAAAUCUCACCAGCGCGUUCACUCUGCCUCGGUGUGAACAUGUUUCAGAGCCAAGCUGUUUCCUCCUCCUCCUCAUGCCCUGAUAGCUGUGUUGUUAUAUUCUGAUCUGCUCUCCACAUUGAAGGCUGACCAGCAGUAACUCUAUCUUCUGAGCAGCAUGAUGUUAUCAUGGCUACGACUACGUAUUACGCUCCCUCCCUUUGAAGGGUUAACUCCACUCAAAAUGAGCUUUUUCUCCUGUAAUAAAAUAUUCUGAGGUCAGGGUUCAACUGCUAGCGCUGUUUCACUAAUGCUGCAACGGAGGAGUAUUUGUUCUUAUCUAUUAACAUCUCUGUUUACUACGGUGUUGUCAAAGUGUUGAACUAUUUAGACCAGGGGUCUCCAACGUUUUCCAGGCCAAGGACCCCCAAACUGAUGGCGAGAUGGAGCGGGGACCCCCUAAUUAUAUAUAUUAUAUAAAAUUGUGUUAUAUCAAACUGGUCCUAUAGUCACUAUAAGACCUCCAUUUAUCUGUUUACUACAGUGUGUUGAAUUCAUGUAUUUGAAUGUAUUUAAAGACAUUUCAAUUAGUGGAAAAAAUUGCAGGGGGGGGGAAUAUUAAAAAAAAGUAAUCAACCAACACUUUCGCGACCCCCAUGCAGUACCUCCGCGGACCCCCUAGGGGUCGCGGACCCCCUGUUGAAGACCCCUGAUUUAGACUAGUGUCCCUGAAGACGAAGAAAAGAAGGACAUCCUCAUAACUGCGACGCUUUAAUCAGAACACGUCUGCUGUUCUAAAAAUAAUUUGUAGUUAAAACAAUCCUACAUUGUGAUUUCUGGAUGUUUUUUUAGAUUUUGUCUCUCACAGUGGACAUGUCUCUCACAGUGGACAUGUCUCUCACAGUGGACAUGCACCUACGAGGACAUCAGAUCCUCCAUGGUCUCUAAGUGGGAGAACUUUUUAAAUAGCAGCGUGUUAAAUGCUUAUUAUACUCACUGUAUACAUAUAUAAUUAUACACUUCAUAACAACUGGUUAUAUAACCCGCCUGUUUAAAUUGUUCAAGGCUUAAAUCAGCAGUCACCAUCUACUAAAUAUAUA